AUGUCCAUCCAGCAGUUUGGGAGAAAGUUCCCAAUCCUGCUCAAGACACCCUCUCCUCGCGGCCAGGUCGAGCUGCUGGAAACCAUCGGAAAGGGCAACUACGGAUAUGUCUACAAGGGCAAGCUCACCCAGACCAACGAAAUCACCGCCGUCAAGGUCGUGCUGCUGAAGGAGGAUGAGCUCAAGGAGACGCUCCUGGAGAUGGAGAUCCUCAAGGCGUGCUCGCAUCCCAACAUCACUCGCUUCAUGGGCUGCUUCCUCAAGGGCCUGGAUCUCUGGAUCUGCAUGGAGUUCUGUGACGGCGGUGCCCUCGACUCUGUCUACCGCAACAUCAAGAAGCCCCUUACCGAGGACCAGAUCGGAUCGAUUAUGUACGAGUCCGUCAUGGGUCUCCACUACCUCCACACCGAAGUGGCACUCAUCCAUCGUGACAUCAAGGCCGGCAACCUCUUGCUUACCGAGCGCGGCGAGCUCAAACUGGCCGAUUUCGGUGUCUCGGCCAAGCUCAACGGCGUCGGUGGAAAGGCCCAGACUUUCAUUGGUACCCCAUACUGGAUGGCCCCAGAGGUCAUCAUGACCGAGCCCGAUGGACCCCAUGGCGGCAAUGUUUGGUAUGACUGCAAAGCCGACAUUUGGUCAAUCGGCAUCACCGCCAUCGAGAUUGCCGACAAGAACCCUCCCCUGUCCGAUAUCCACCCCAUGCGUGCCCUCCACAUGAUCCCGAACUCGGAGCUUGGCCUUGCCAAGCCAAAGAACUGGUCAAAAUCCUUUGUGGAUUUUAUCGCCACCUGUCUCGUCAAGAACCCGAACAAGCGUGUUUCGGCCGAGCAGCUUCUGCAGCACCCCUUCCUUCAGCGUGCGGCCACUCUCCCGCGCCAAAAGAUCAUGGCAGAGCUCGUCCAUAAAGCCAAGGUUGCCAAGGAGCGCAAGAAGGCCGGUUACCAGGUUGAAGAUGACGACGAGGAGGAAGAGACCAAGGACGACCCCACCAAGGUGGCGAUAGAGACCAUGAAGCAAGCCACGCAGAUUGCCCAGCAGUUCGUUGCGGUGAGUAGAGCCGGUGCCCACGACAGAAAGUGUAUCUGUCUAGUAUUGCCAUGGCAUCAGAAUCAGAAUCAGAAUCAGAAUCAGAAUCAGAAUCAGAAUCAGAAUCAGAAUCAGGAUCGAGAUCACCGCGGGGCCUUUCUUCCAGCCGCCAUUUGCGCCAUCUAA